AUGCCUGCACUCAAAAAUUUCAGUCUGCUUAAGGAUCUUUCUCUAGGUUGGAUUGAACUACAAGCGAAUGCACCAAAGCUGCGUUUCAUCAAGUAUUCAGGGAGAGUAGCCAUAUUUGAUUUGGACCACAUAUGCUGCUUGGAAGAAGCAGAUUUGGAUUUCGGGUUAGAGUCAAGUUUCGGAUCAAACGAUGGUGAUUUUCUUUAUAAUCUUCUACUUGAUCUUUUCUCUGUCACCAUUUUGACUGCUUGCAGUUACAUGCUUCAGGUUAUUCCAUAUUCAGAGGGGACUACUGGUACUGAAUCUCCCUUGAAUGAUUACAAACCCCUAUUUGAGUUCAAUCCAUCUGAGUUUUGGACAAAGAACUUGGUUGUCCACAAAUGCAUACGCAGAACCUUAAAAUUGGUGGAGGUGAAGGGUUUCAAAGGAACUGUGAAUGAAUUUCUGGUGCUGCAAUACCUGAUCUGCCUCGGACGUGUAAUGGAACGGAUGAACCUUUACAUUUCAAGGGAAACUGAUGACAAUGGAGGCAAUUUGGAAUUAUAUAGAGCAAGUGCUCAAAUGUUGCUGCAGUUGAAAAAGGCCUCAAAGAAACGACAGAUAUCAAUCUAUUGA